CUCUCUUAUGUAGGAAAAAAUGGCGGCGGUGCAAGUCGCCGCCUCGCUUCCUUGUGGGCAGCCGCGAGAGGCCCCGCGGGAGCUAUCGCCCGAGCUGGACGAUGGGUUCCGCCGCUUGUCUGCCAGGCUGCGGGCGCUGCAGCCGGAUGACAGCACUGUGUCCCGCAUGGAGAUCCACCUGCUCUUCGACCAGCUCAUCUCCGAGAACUACAGCGACGGCGGCGGCGUGACCCCCGAGGAUGUCAGUGGUCUUCUUGUGCGAGCUUGUCAGCUGGUGCCUCUUAAUCAGAAUCACCUUGUGAGCAAAGUGUCUCAGCUGAUCCAUCACUUACUUAACAGAUUACAGGUGGUUGUGGAUGAGCAGAACUUGGAUUUCCUGUUGACCUAUACAAUCUCAGCUAUUGAGCAGUGUAGCUCUUGGACACACAUGGAAAUUCUUCAAGCCCUGGCAGCUCUGCUUUACUGCAAUGGCUCAAAAUGUCAAAAGUACCUCCCGGACUUGCUAGGCAAAAGUGGCCUCUUGGUGAAGUUGAGUGACUUGACUCACUCUGACCCUGAAGUCAGGAGAGCCGCAGUGCAUUGUAUGGCUAACUUAUGUCUCAGUGUGCCAGGGCAGCCGUACUUGGAGGAGUCCUACCAGCACGUCUGCUUCCAAGCUUUCUUGACCAUUUUGCAGGCUCCAAAAUCGUCUGAUAUGGAUGAUAUAACAUUUUGCAUGUUGUUACAGAACGCACUGAAAGGCAUGCAGUCACUUCUCAAUGGUGGAAAGAUGAGACUGACGCAGGCCGAGCACCUGGGAGCACUGCUCGCUGUGCUAAAGAAAGCCAUGUUUCAUGGACUCCCUGGAUUAAACAUAGAGAUGCCCACGGUGCUCUACCCAACUCCACUUCCUCAGUACGACGGGCGAUCGCCGCCCAAGCCCCAGCAGCCAGAAUCCAGUGCGGCCCGACCAUCUGCGAAUAAAAAGAAAAAACACAAAGUAAAACAAAAGAAAACCCAGCAAGGAGAGAAAGAGGAGGAGGAGGAAUCCAGCAGUGAAGUGGAAGCAGGCCCCGGCCUCAGCAUGGGCAGGGUAAACACGUGUGGCCAGAACACUUGGUGCUCCUCCCCGCGGGGCUCCCAGAGCUUGCCUGCAGAUACAGGCAGAGAGGUCCCCUCGCCCUUCACCGCCUCCGGCUGGAAAAGAGUCAGCAGCAGUGAGUCGGACUACUCGGAUGCGGAAGGAGGCAUGCAGAGUAAAUUGAGGUCGUACCAAGCCAAGGUCCGCCAAGGGGCAUUGGCUUGUUUUCUUUCUACUAUCAAAUCAAUAGAAAAGAAAGUGCUGUAUGGCUACUGGUCAGCCUUUGUCCCUGACACGCCUGAGCUUGGAAGCCCACAGUCAGUGUCCUUAAUGACGCUCACAUUAAAGGACCCGUCUCCAAAGACUCGCGCCUGCGCUCUUCAAGUCUUGUCUGCCAUCUUGGAAGGCUCAAAGCAGUUUCUUUCUGUUGCCGAAGACACCAGUGACCACAAAAGGGCUUUCACUCCCUUCUCUGUCACGAUUGCAUCCAGCAUUAGAGAGUUGCACAGAUGUCUUUUGUUAGCUCUGGUGGCAGAGUCAUCGUCCCAGACCCUUACUCAGAUAAUUAAGUGCCUUGCAAAUCUAGUAUCAAAUGCCCCCUACAACCGUCUGAAACUCAGCUUGCUGACCAAAGUCUGGACCCACAUAAAGCCUUAUAUCCGCCACAAAGAUGUUAACGUCCGAGUGUCGAGCCUCACACUCUUGGGAGCUAUAGUGUCCACUCAUGCGCCUCUGCCCGAAGUCCAGCUGCUUCUGCAACAGCCCUGUUCCUCUGGGCUCAGCAGCGGCAGCAGCAGUUCAGCAACUCCUCACCUCGGCACUCCUGACGGCUGGAAGAAAUUCCCUGCAGGACCCUCUCUGGAGGACGCCUCAGUCAUCUCCCCGAAGGGGUCUUCAGAGCCCUGCUGGCUCAUUCGACUUUGCAUUUCCACUGUGGUGCUGCCCAGGGAAGACUCCUGCUCAGAAAGCGAUGCUGGUGCUGGCUCUGGCCUGGGCAGCACCUAUGAACCCUCCCCCAUGCGGCUGGAAGCUCUACAGGUUUUGGCUCACCUGGCCAGGGGCUAUUUUUCGAUGACUCAGCAGUACUUGAUGGAGCUCAGUGAGGUGAUCUGUAAGUGCAUGGGCGAAGCAAACCCGUCCGUCCAGCUCCACGGCAUGAAGCUCCUGGAAGAACUGGGCACAGGCUUGAUACAGCAGCACAAACCAGAUUCCAACACGGCACCUGACCAGAGAGUGCCCGUCUACCUGGUGGUGAUGUUCUGGACUGCUAUGCUGAAUGGUCCUUUGCCCCGAGCCCUGCAGAGUUCAGAGCACCCAACCCUCCAGGCGAGCGCCUGUGAUGCCCUGUCCUCCAUCCUGCCAGAAGCCUUCAGCAGUCUGCCGAAUGACAAGCAGAUUUUGUGCAUUACAAUGCUGCUCGGCCUGAAUGACAGCAAGAACCAUGUAGUGAAAGCUGCCACCUCCAGGGCCCUUGGAGUCUAUGUGCUUUUCCCUUGUCUCAGACAGGACGUCAUAUUUGUUGCAGACACAGCAAAUGCCAUACUGAUGUCACUUCAAGACAAGUCCCUAAACGUGCGUGCCAAAGCAGCCUGGUCCCUGGGCAACCUGACAGAUACUCUGAUUGUCAACAUGGACACGCCAGAUCCAAGUUUUCAGGAUGAGUUCUCUGGCCUCCUGCUCUUGAAAAUGUUGCAGUCUGCGAUCCAAGCCUCCAGGGAUAAGGACAAGGUCAAGAGCAAUGCGGUCCGGGCCCUCGGGAAUUUGCUUCACUUUCUGCAGCCCGCUCACAUAGAAAGGCCCAGGUUUGCUGAGAUCAUCGAGGAGGCCAUCCAGGCCCUGAUCUCCACCGUUGUCCACGAGGCUGCCAUGAAGGUCCGAUGGAAUGCUUGUUACGCGAUGGGAAAUGUUUUUAAAAACCCCACCCUUCCACUUGGCACAGCCCCGUGGACCUCCCAGGCCUACAAGGCCCUAACAUCGGUUGUGCUGUCAUGCAAGAACUUCAAAGUGCGCAUCCGAUCUGCCGCAGCCCUUUCCGUUCCCGGCAAGAGAGCGCAGUACGGGUCUCGAGAACAGUUCACUCAGAUCUGGGAUGCCUUGGUCACUGCCUUGCAGAAGAGCGAGGACACUACAGACUUUCUGGAAUUCAAGUACUGCGCCAGCCUCCGGACUCACAUCUGCCAGGCGCUGUUUCACCUCCUGAGCCUCGCCAGCGCCUCGGACCUCCCCAGCAUUCAAGAAUCUCUGGAACUGAAUGGAGAUAUGAUCCGGUCCUACGUCCUGCAGUUCUUAAAGUCAGGAGCAGAGGGAGAUGACCCCGGAGCCGUCCACACCCCCCAGGAGAGAGACCAGAUGGUCAGGGCGGCCCUGAAGCACACACGCAGCGUGCAGGCCCUGGCUGGAGACACAGCCCAAGGGGUCAUCGUGGGCUUCUUAGACGAUAUCCUGAGGGCUCACCGUGACUGCUUGGGAGGACAAGUGGCCCUCCUCGGGUCAUCAGAUCGGUGACUUUCCACCCUCCCUUCAAGUGUUAUAAAUGAGAAUCAGAGACCGAGCUUGUGCGUUUGGUCCUCAGUUUCCUCAUA